UCACAGUUCAGCCACACCAUUGCAUUUGCGUAUAUGCGAGAAGAUGAAGAUGAAGAUGAUGAAAGAGGAAGACAAGAAGAAUAGCCAUGGAAGCCCAAAGCUCCCUCACGGGGACACCCCCUACGUCCGGGCAAAACACGCUCAGGUAGUCGAGAGAGAUGGAGGCGCCGCCAUAGCCCUGUUCUGGAAGGCGAUAAACCAAGGAGACAGUGGACAGUGCUCUGAAAGACAUGGCAGUGGUUAUGAAACAGGCGGGAAGGGGUGAAGAAGCCAUUGAAGCCAUCAACUCCUUCCGGGGCCGAUGUUCUCCCCACGCCCAGGAAUCUCUCGACAAUGUUCUUAUCGAUUUGUACAAGACGUGCGGGAGAUUAGAUGAUCAGAUUCAUCUGCUGAAGCGGAAGUUGCAGAUGAUUUGCCAGGGAGAAGCGUUCAAUGGAAAACCCACCAAGACCGCUUGCUCCCACGGGAAGAAAUUCCAAGUCACAGUCAAGCAGGAGACCACCAGGAUCCUGGUUAUAAUCUCAUCUUGGUUUUUUUUUUAAUCUUUUUGAGUAAUAUUAUGUUUGUUUUCUAUUCCAACGCAGGGGAACCUGGGGUGGGCAUACAUGCAGAAGAAGAACUAUGGAGCAGCUGAGGUUGUGUACCGCAAGGCGCAGGAGAUCGAAGCGGACUCCAACAAAGCCUGCAACCUGUGCCUCUGCCUUGUGAGACAAGGGAAAUGCAGUGAAGCACGAGCGAUUCUCCAAGGCGUUCUUCGUGGGGACCCCUACGGUUCCUCGGACCCCAAGACCGUGGCUCGCGCCAAAGAGCUUUUGCUGGAGACCGAGCAGUGUUUUGAGGCCGCUGUGAGAAACCCUUCGCCCACUUUCGCGCUUAGUUUUGUCGAAGAUGCUUUUGUUGAGGGUGUGGAUAAGAUGAUGAACCUAUUGAGGUCUAACACUAGUAGUAGUAGGAGACUUCCCAUUUUCGAAGAAAUCUCCCCUCAAAGAGAUCAACUGGCUUGUUGAUACUGUAUUAUUGAACCUUCAGUUUCU